CAACACUCAGGGAGAAGUUCCGCAGUAAAUCGCGUUUCAAUUGGCUAAAGCGCCUGAGCCAAUCGCUGUGCUUCAUAUUCGCAGGGUGUCUGUCAGACCUGUGACAUUCACUGAUCUUAUGUCAGCGUUAACUGUCUAAAUAUACCAAAAUGAACACUUUACUGUCGUCCAUCUCCAGACUGAGUGGAAUAACUCGUCUCAGCAGCAUCCCUGCAGGAAGCCUUGCAUCAACAGGCAUCCCCCAUCUCAGAUUAUUCAGCAGCUGGAAUCCUGCCCGAGCAACUCCAGCACCUCUGACUUCCAGAUGCGGCCCACUUUCUUCACAAGCUGAGGGUUCGGGAGUGUUCCAGCAGCUUCCCUGCCAAUACCAGCAGAUUCGAACAAAGAAAAGAGGCACCGAGUAUCAACCCAAGAACAUCAAGCGCAAGAGAACCCACGGAUGGAUCAAGAGGGUCAGCUCUCGAGGAGGCAUAGAAGUGAUUCUGCGGCGCAUGCUAAAGGGACGGAAAUCCCUCUCACACUAAAGGUUCCUGUUGGAAAACCUGAGGAGACUUUCAAGAAAUAAAAGACAUCUGAAAUGCUGGAGCUGCUCAGCAAAUAGGGAAAGAACGUGUUUAUUGGGUGAACUGGUGAUACUGGGUGUGGUUUAGGUGUGGCCUUCCCACUACAUUGAUAAUAGGUGGGAGAGGUGAAACCGGCCCCCAACAAACAAGCAGCAUUUUCUUUGAGUAAAAAGAAGUCUGGUAGUUUCACCCAAUUACUGUUGAUGGACCUGAUUCCACCCAUAUCAAAUAAUAAUCAACAUCUCUGUGAAGUUAUGGUGAUAAUCUUUAAUGUAAGCAGAUUUAUUGAUUCGGCUUGUAAUAUGAAAGACAAUAAAAGCAUCUUUAAUAAAAUGAUCUCGUGAAAUCA